AUGACUUUUGUGAUAUGCCUAGUAUUGUUUUGCCUUGUUUUAGGGUUAGUAGCGGUUGCUUCGAACCCAUCACCUUAUUUUGCUGCUUUAGGGCUGGUUGUUGUUGCUGGUAUGGGGUGUGGGGUACUGAUCGGUCAUGGUGGGCCCUUUCUGUCGUUAGUACUAUUUUUAAUUUACUUGGGGGGGAUGUUGGUUGUGUUUGCGUAUUCGGCGGCGUUGGCUGCUGAACCUUACCCAGAAACUUGGGGGAGUCGGCCAGUAAUAGUUUACAGUGCUAGUUACAUGGUGGGGGUGGUGCUAGUCUCUGUAUUGUUCUGAGGGGGGUGAUAUGAGUCUUCAUGGGUGUUAGUGGAUGAGUUGGGUGAGUUUUCGGUGUUUCGGGGUGAUAUUGGAGGAGUUGCUUUAAUAUACUCGUCAGGGGGUUGAAUGUUGCUUAUUAGUGCGUGGGUACUUUUAUUGACACUAUUUGUGGUGCUCGAGUUGACUCGUGGGAUGAGUCGAGGGGCGCUUCGGGCAGUUUAA